GGAACUAGGCUCGCGGGAGAGGGAAGCGGCGCGUUAAAUCCGCCCCCUCCCCGCACCCCACUUCCGAGGGGGUGGGCGAUAGAGGAGAGGUUGGAGCCGCGGUGAGGGGGCCCCUCCCUUGCACCUCCCCCCACCGGACUUGGUCGCGCCCGAAGUGUAACACUUUCUCUUUGUCGGAGGAGCUCAACGGUUUCCUGUAGCUCGCGCUGAAGCUCCCGUUGCGGAGGCGCCGGUGGCAGCCCUGGCGGAGGCAGGAGCGAUGGCAGCGACCGAUAUAGCUCGCCAGGCGAUCCCCUUUAAAUGAGACCAGAUGGAGGCAGAGGCAAAUUCAGGCUCCCCAGAGGACAGCUGGGCGUUCAUCCAGAGGCCUGGUGAAGGUUGCCGAACUGUCCCCCUGGCUGGACAUGUGGGGUUCGACAGCUUGCCCGACCAGCUGGUGAAUCAGUCAGUCAGCCAGGGCUUCUGCUUCAACAUCCUGUGCGUGGGAGAGACAGGUUUGGGCAAGUCCACCCUCAUGGACACCCUGUUCAACACCAAGUUCGAGGGGGAGCCAGCCACCCACACACAGCCGGGUGUCCAGCUCCAGUCCAAUACAUAUGACCUUCAAGAAAGCAACGUGGGGCUAAAGCUCACAAUUGUUAGCACAGUGGGCUUCGGGGACCAGAUCAACAAGGAGGACAGCUACAGGCCCAUUGUGGAAUUCAUCGACGCCCAAUUUGAGGCCUACCUGCAGGAGGAGCUGAAGAUUCGCAGGUUACUGCACAACUACCAUGAUUCCCGCAUCCACGCCUGCUUGUACUUCAUUGCCCCCACGGGUCAUUCCUUGAAGUCUCUGGACCUAGUGACGAUGAAGAAGCUGGACAGUAAGGUAAACGUCAUCCCCAUCAUUGCCAAAUCAGAUGCCAUUUCUAAGAGCGAGCUAACAAAGUUCAAAAUCAAAAUCACCAGCGAGCUUGUCAGCAAUGGAGUCCAGAUCUACCAGUUUCCUACAGACGAUGAGGCGGUGGCAGAGAUCAACGGAACCAUGAACGCCCACCUGCCGUUUGCUGUCAUUGGCAGCACAGAAGAACUGAAGAUAGGGAACAAGAUGGUGAAGGCGCGGCAGUAUCCCUGGGGCACGGUGCAGGUUGAAAAUGAAGCCCACUGCGACUUUGUGAAGCUGCGGGAGAUGCUGAUCCGGGUCAACAUGGAGGACCUCCGGGAGCAGACCCACAGCCGGCACUAUGAGCUGUACCGCCGCUGCAAGCUGGAGGAGAUGGGCUUUAAGGACACCGACCCCGACAGCAAACCCUUCAGCUUACAGGAGACGUAUGAGGCCAAAAGGAAUGAGUUCCUAGGGGAGCUCCAGAAAAAAGAAGAGGAGAUGAGACAGAUGUUCGUCCAGAGAGUCAAAGAGAAAGAAGCUGAACUUAAAGAGGCAGAAAAAGAGCUGCAUGAGAAGUUUGACCGUCUGAAGAAACUACACCAGGACGAGAAGAAGAAGUUGGAGGAUAAGAAGAAAUCCCUGGAUGAUGAAGUGAACGCUUUCAAACAGAGAAAGACGGCAGCCGAGCUGCUCCAGUCCCAGGGCUCCCAGGCUGGAGGCUCACAGACUCUGAAAAGAGACAAAGAGAAGAAGAAUUAACUCUGCUGUUUGCUGCAUGCUGCAUGAGACCCAGGGUCCCGUUUGGGCUUCCUGUAGACGCCCUUUUCCUGUGCAACAGAGCUGAGCUUCCCUGUCUCUAAUUCCCCCUUAACACGUCUGUGGGCACAGAACCCGUGCCCUCCCCUUUCUUCCUGCCAAGGUUUAUAGAAGCCGAGAGUCUGAGGACGGCGUCUGGCCUCUGGUCAAGAAGCCAUCAGUCACGUGGUCCAAAGAUGCAUCCUGCAUCCCAGUGCCCCUCCCAGCGCCCCCAGCCGGCCACUCCCCACUCCAUCUUUGCUGGACUGUAACAUGUUCAGGGGUCCCACCUGCUCUUCUGUACCACCAGCUUCCCUGUUCCAACUCUGGCUGCUGCUUGUUCCCCUGAGGUAUUUGCAUCCACCAUGGCUGGGUGAGCACCAGUCAGCACGGCUUUCCCCAUUAGUCCGCAGUCACUUGGCUUCCCCAACCAUCCCUCAGCCCCCAACAGAAGAGCCGCAGCCUCUUCUCAGAGGGUUCCAGAAGGAGAAUCCUUUGGUGCCUUCUCCUCCUGGCCUGUCAGCCCAGCCCUCUCCAGUUUUGAUUCACUCAAAAUAAUUGCACUCAAGCUGUGUUAAAAACCUGGAACGAGUUUGCUUACAGCCAGCCCUUCCCAGACAACACGACUGCUGAAGAAAGUAGCAUGAAUUUCCCCCCUCUGUUAUUCUGAGUACCCCACAGAUGCAGAAGGCAGAAUAAACCUGAAUAUUAGUACCAACCUAGUGUCUUAGGGAAUUGUUACAAGGUGUCUCAGCAUCUCCUCUGUAAGUUCCCUUAGGACGCCACACCAUCCCAAUAAGGCAGGGCCAGUAGCAGGUAUAAUCAUCCCCUGUCACAAACUGCUAAACUGAGUGGUCAAAGAAUCAGUGUUUUCAGUUUUGCUCUGGUGAAUCUUCCAGUCUGUUUGGUGAAUGUGAUGAUGAGUUUCAAUCUGUAUUUUGCGCGUGCCCCACAAUAAGAAGAGGUGAGACUAUCAGUUGGAGAGGAGAAAAGAGGUGUGCCUUGGAAGGUCCCUAACUUUGUCUCCAGUCUAAGGAUUUGUUAUUUUAAAAAUCUUCCAGCCCUGAUUUGUAUGAUGGGGCCCAUCCGAUAGUGGCUUUGGGAGCCCCUUUGAAGUUGAGAGCCCUCCAUUGUCAGGGCCAUGAGGCACAGUGGCCUUUGGUGUUUGGCCAGUGAGAGAGUGAGAGCUGGAGUGACCUGGCAACGAUCUGUGGCUAACACGCCGUUUCUCUGCCCUUCCUUUGCAGUAAUCCAUGGCUGUGUACUGAAUAGUAUUCCCCGCUACAGCUGGACUGGACUCCAUUUAGCCUUUUAAGCCAAGGUUCCUAUUGUAACUGACAGCUUUCCUUUGGAGCGCCAGGCAGCUGGGUCCCCUGCCCCUGCCAUGUACUUCCACUUCAAGCCCCACCUCUUCUUUUGAUUUCUGCCUCACAGUCCCACUGGCACUGACCAUGACCUUCUUUUUUAUUUUUGAGGGUUUUUUUGUUUUUUGGUCACUUUCUUUCAAAACACACAAACAAGGCUAUGUGAAAUUUUCAGGCCUUUUUGAAGUAUUGUGAAUGGGAAGGGGAGUUCUCUCUUCAAUAAUAGAUAAUGACAGGAAGCAAAAAGCAGAAAAAAACGAAAAGCAAACAAAUGCACACACUUUAUCUUUUCUUGUUGGCAAAGCAAGAGUGCAGUUUUGACAUGUAUUGUUUGGUGAGUCACUGAUUGGUGAGUGGCCAGAAGCAAGUAUGAAGGUGGUGCUGCGAAAGCAUAAGCUAGUUUCUUGAGAAAAUCCAAGUCACACCGUGGAGCAUUUUCGGAGACCCUGUGCUCGGAGAUUUAAAAAACAAAAAAGCUUGGGUACUCAGCCAGUAGCUCAGGGAGAUGCUAAGCUAGGGCUGUCAGGUCUUGGGAAAGGCUGCUUAUUUGUAGCUUUGAUGUUUCUGUGACCAGUUUCACGGCUGCUUCCCCAGAAUCCCAAACAUAAACAACGAAUCGGUCUCCAUCCGCUGUAAUUAUUUGCAUUACAAAUCGGAGGCUCCCUCAUUUGCAUUUGUUUACAGAUUAACUGCUUGAGGCUUGAGGAGCUCUGAAAACUUCAAAAGGUAUUAGAGCCACCCAGCCUUUGAGAGACCUUCAGAGACUAGGCAGGAAUUUCGUAUGAGGGGAGACAUUUUGGUCCAGAAGACAGAUAGGACCCACUUUCUUGUAAGAGAAAAUUGAGGCCCCGAGAAAUGAAGGGACUUGCCAGACGCCCCAGUCCUGUUUCAUGGCAGAAGCCAGGCUAAAUGCAGUGUGUCCUGAGUCCCGAGCCAUUUUAUAGAUGGACUCAAUGUGUUCAUGUAUGUUCCUAGAGACAAGUCUUUUGAUGUUCCAGAGAAAAUGAAUAGUUAGUAUUAGAGGGCCUUUGAGGUUUUUAUCCCAUAAGAAAAUAUUCGAGGAUGGGGUGGGUAGGGACAGGCAAAGCAGAGGGCUCUAGGCCAGCACUGAGCACUUCCGCUGACGAUAAGAGUCACAGGCACCUGUUAGCUGCUCAGCUUUCCUGGGAGUCUGGAAUGGGGCGUGCGGACGGAUGUUUAACAGGUGCCCUAGAUGAUCCUUGUCAUCAAGGAAGUUUGGUAAACAAAAAUCUACCCUGUGAGUGAACACGAGACCUUUAGGAAGUCAACCAAGGCUAUUAAAAGAAUUAAAAUGCUUAUUUUAUUGGGUAGCUUGUCUCACUGUAGACAGAAAGGUUUUCUUCCUUCUUCAGUGAAAAGACUUUUUAAGUGGUACAGUUAUUACUAUUUUAAAAAAUACCCUAAGUACUCUGUUUACUUCUGGUGAAACAAAACCAGUCGUUAGAAAUGGUCUGUGUCUGGCUCCACGCCCACCCCAGCCGAGACUGGGAUAGAACGGUUUUCUUGAAAAAUCCCCAUGUGUACACACACACACCCCUCAUGUCUCUUAAGCCAGAAGUUUGCUUUUCCUAGCUGCAGUACAGAUCACUUUUUUGUUGUUUAUGUUUUUUGUUUUAAUUAUUUGGCAUUCACAUGUGGCUGUUAAUAUGUGCUCUCUCUCUCUCUUUUUGUUUUAAUUAAAACAAGAAGCUUUUAACUGGUGUGUGGUGUUCUUAAAACCUCAGCACAUUUCCCUGUGGUGAUGGCCCAUCAGCGACCCCAUUUCUCACCUGUCUUCUCCAAGUAUGCUCUGUGCUACCUCACACUGCCUACUUCCCUCACCCUGUCUUAUUCUGAAUAUCCUUUUUCUUUAGCUAAUUUCAUGUUUUCUUUCUUUCUCUCUCCCUCUCCAGCUUUUUUUAAUCUUGUCUUCAGCAGCUGCACUAAGUCUAAAGGAGAAGACUGCCAUUGUAGAAGAGUUAGGGUUCCAUAUUGUCUCAAAUCAGAAACCAACCAAUUCCCUCUCCCUCCAAAGUGCGUGCGCAUACACACACACACACACACACCACACAACAAGUGUUCAUUGUGUCCCUGUGUCCAGGCAAGACGCUCUCUCCCGACUUACGUGGUAUUUUAAAUGGAAGUGUCUUGUCCUAACCUAACAAGGCAUGCAAAGAACCAUCCGAGCUGGAGAAUGGACCAAAUGUAGCCUCAGAGAGACAACUGCAGGACGACUCACCCAAGUGUAAGUGACUGAGGCAGGAGACCUCAGCUGUGGGUGUGGAAGUACUGUUCACAAGUUUUCGUUUGAGUUUUCUGUUUUUCUUUUUAAACACCAAUUCUCUGGUUCAAUGGGUUGACUGUCUACAGCCACUAUUAAACAUUUCUGAAUAUGGAUGAGAAAGUCGAGCAACAUUCAUGUCUUCUUCAGCAUUCACAGACCUUCUGCAGACCCCCCAGCAAGUGGGGGAAGUGGAUCUACUAACUCUCAGGUGGAGAAGGGAGAGUCGGGGGAGUUUAAGCUUAGUGAGAGCAAAAUGACUCCGUUCAACCUUCCAAGGCCAGUUGGGGUUUUGAGAGAAGUUUCUGCUCAACUUGGGAUCUGGAGGGAGAGCUUUGAUGUUGAUAAAUCUGCCUUGAAUUCAUUGGUUUAACUUGCAUCAAAAUACCAUGUGAGUGUGCUCAUUCCCAUAUAUCCCUACAACCAUUGCCAUUCCACUGUUCUGUGUCUCUUGAGAGAGCCUCUUUGCAUGUUUUCCAGAGUCUGUUUUUCCUUUCUUCUCCUUUGUUCUUUUUGCUCAGAGAUGUGACCAGUCAUUGGCCCUCUGGGGCUUUCAUUCGCCAGGAGAAACAUCCCGAAACCAGCAUUGUUUAGCUUGAUACCUUUCUAAUGUCCAUGCCAAUUUUCAAUAAAAUUCAAAGAAAUGCUCAA